AUGUCCCGCCGAUCUUCGAAUUUGGCCCUUUUUACUGGCCAAUUUGGCCUCAGCUUGAUGCAGGUUUUGUUCAUGUUCUACUAUGUGAAGGUCUUUCUCAACGUCUUUCAUGUCAACGAAUAUUGGUUCAACAUUGCUCAGCUAUUGUUCUUGAUUUGGAAUGCUAUUAAUGACCCUUUAUUUGGAUAUAUUCAAGACCUUUCCAAAGGAUGGAUGAAUAACCGAGCAAAGAUUUUUACUUAUUUUGGUCCGUUGAUGAGUUUAUCCUUCUUAAUUCUAUGGUUUCCAUGGAGGAAAACGAGCACCUCACCUCCGUACAUUGAAGGAGUUCAUCUUAUUAUUGCUCUUUUCUUGUAUGAUGCGUUCUACAGGUAAUUUUUCAAUAUUGUGCUUGAUUUAUAGGUAUAAGACGGAGAAAUAAUGCUUUGCUCUAAAUUUUUCAUGGUUAUCAAACUGAUAUUGCCGUAUUAAUUGAUUAUACUUAUUUGCAGUUGUGUUGGACUUGCCUGGGGUGCUUUAUUCGCGGAAUCCACGAGAGAUCAUCGACGGAGAGUUCAAGGUCUAAAAUACUCACAAUUGGCUAUCUUAUGCAGUGUAAAUAUUAUUAUGAUCACGGAAAAGGCUUCUCACAGUAUGGAUGUAAGUUUUUCACAAUUUUGGUUGAAGUUUAGGUCCAGUUAUCAAAUAAUUGUCUACUACAAUAUAAAAAAUGCCUCCAAAUAUGUUCUUUUUCAGAACUUUGCCGUUUUUCAAACAAUCUGCGUGGUAGUUGCUGCUCUUACGAUGUUGUGUUUUUUCCUUACCGGCCGGUUGAGCUCCUCAAAUAAAACAAAAGAUAGAGAAACACUACUGGAAGAAGAUGAAGAUAAUGUGGUAAUGGGCUGGAGACAAGUAUUAAAUCUAACUGGAGAGCUGCUGAAGGCCCGAGACUUUCAAAGAAUUGUAUUUACUAACUUUGUACAUACCAUCAGAAGUGUGGCUCAUCUUAAUUUUGCUUCGAUUGCUACGGAUCUCUUGAUUCCGCAGAGAAUUCUGACCAAGGGAUCAUGGCAGAUUAGUAUUUUCUUUGCUGUCUGCACAUUAGUUCCUCAGGUGAGCACUAUUUGUAUCUUUCUUUGUCUUGUUCGAGUUUUUUUUUGUAAUGGAUAAUAUAAUUAUUUUCAGCUAUUAGUCGUGUUGAAUGAAACAUUGAUGGUUCGUCUUGGAGUCUAUCGAAUCAUGAUGUUAUCCUUCAUCUUUUCGAUCCUCUCCUCCUUCAUGUACACCAUUUCUUGGAGCUCUUAUGUGAUCAUGUUCUUCAUGUUAAUUGAUAGUAUUAUGGUGCAUUCCAUCGCUCCGUUGUUUAAUAUACUCUUAGCAGAGUUUAUUGAAGAUGAUACUGCUAGAAAUGCGAGAAAGUAAGUUGAUUAUUGAAUGGUUUUAUUAUCUUAUCCAUCCCAUUUUCAGAAGUCGAAUGUCCUCCUUGAUAUUUAGUCUGAAUGCCUUUGUAAUGAAGCCAGCUACUUCGAUAGCGCCAGUUAUAGUAGUCUACUUCCUAAACAGAAAUGGAUAUGAGGUGAGGUGAUUUUACUUUACAUUAUUCUUGCUUUAGUUAUACCAAAAAGAGAAAAUCCGAGGAGAAGAGCUGAGCCGGUGUAUGCUAAGGAUAAUAUUCUGUAUCCCGGCAGUGUUGGCGUCCCUCCAAUGCUUAAUAUUCAAGUCAUACUCACUCAGAAACAAACAUAUGUUACCCGCUCUCCCAGUUUAA